UCCGUGCAUCAAAAACAGCUGUUGCAAAUCGUAAAUAGACGCUGGGGUUUAUCUUUUACGCUCUAAAUUGCUUGAUAAAAUCUAUCAGUUAUUCAAAGAAUGUCCUCAGCUAUAUACCUAGAAAACUAUCUGGACGGCUUAGAGAGCCUGCCCACGGAACUGGAGCGAAAUUUUAAGCUGAUGCGAAAACUGGACGAUCGCGCCCAAACCGCAAUGAAAAGCAUAGACAGUCAUGCGAAAGACUUUAUGAGAAAGUUGGGUGAGAACGGAGCCAUGAACGACGAGGAAAGGAAGGAGCGCCAAGAGGACAUCAAGGCGCUUUUCGGAAAGGCCAAGGAAUACAGCGACGAUAAGGUGCAGCUGGCCAUUCAGACCUACGAACUGGUAGACAAGCAGAUCCGCCGAUUGGACAAUGACCUGGCUCGCUUCGAAGGCGAGAUCCAGGAGAAGGCCUCUUCUACGCGCGCCAAAUCUGAGGAAGUGGUGGCCAAGAAGGGUCGCAAAAAGACAAAAGACAGCAAGACAACAGGUAAAAAGAAAAGGUCCGCCUCUUCGGAUGAGGAUACUGGGCGUGGUAACAACCAGACCACCGCCAAUACCAGUCUCAAUUCGAGCAGCAAUGCUGGGCAAGGUACCAAAAAGAAAAAGUCUAAGGUAAAUCAAGAAAAAGAAACCUCGCAAGGGGGCGCACAAAAGAAAACCGUCGAAGUGGAUGACUCAGAAAAAGAAUCAUGCCACACGGCCGCCACGCAUCCCAGCGACGUCAUGGACAUGCCUGUCGACCCGAAUGAGCCAACAUAUUGUCUGUGCCAUCAGGUGUCAUAUGGCGAGAUGAUUGGCUGCGACAAUCCUGACUGCCCAAUCGAGUGGUUCCACUUCGCCUGCGUUGGCCUCACCACGAAGCCAAAAGGGAAGUGGUUCUGCCCCAAGUGUACGCAGGACCGAAAGAAGAAAUAAACGUUACGACUACAAAAACAUAGAUUAGAAUAUAAAUAGAUUAAGUAUUAACCUACUAAUUUUAAUAAAGCAUCGGCAUGUCAAUAACUUCUUGAUUGAAGUAAGGAUUGGCGACAUAGUUUUUGGUAUCGUCUAAGACUUCUUUGAUUUUAAAUUUGUUAUAAAUAAUAAACUAUCUGUAAUGAACUUCGAUUAAUAGAAAAAAAAUAGGAAUAUGCCAAGUAGAUCCAUUUAAAUUGAAAGUUCUAAACUAUAAUUCCAAUUGUCAAUUUUUUUAAUUAAAAGUCAAAAGCAAUUUUAGCCCCCAUUCAAAUAAAAAUGCAACUAAA